AUGGAUCCCCAGGAAGUGUCGCAAUUGUCUGAUAAGAUAUACUAUAGUGAUACUUAUGAGGAUGCGCAGGCCAAUAUAUAUAGACAUGUGAUUUUACCGGCUGAGUUGUCUAAACACGUGCCUAGAGAUCGGUUGUUAGAGGAGCACGAAUGGCGAGCACUGGGUAUUAUGCAGAGCAGUGGCUGGCAGCACUAUAUGGUUUUCAAGCCAGAGCCGCACAUUCUCCUUUUUCGCAAGAGGAAGGUCUGUGCUGGCAGUGAUUUUGAGUUGACUACAAAGUCACAGUGA